AUGUCAAUUAAUAAGGUACCCAUAUUGGGUAAAGAAACCAUUCAUGUUGGUUAUAAUAUUCAAGAUCAUAUAGUGAAUGAAGUUAUAACAAAUUUACAUAGUUCAACCUAUGUAAUUAUCACAGAUACAAAUAUGUCAAAAACACAACCAUUUAAACAAUUGUUGCAAGAUUUUGAAAAUCAAUUGAAAAAUAUAAAACCAGAUUCAAGAUUAUUAACUUAUUAUGUAUCACCAGGUGAAAAUAAUAAAAAUAGAGAAACUAAAGCUGCAAUUGAAGAUUAUUUAUUACAAAAAGGUUGUACAAGAGAUACAGUUAUUUUAGCCGUGGGAGGUGGUGUAAUUGGUGAUAUGAUUGGAUUUGUUGCUGCUACAUUUAUGAGAGGUGUUAGAGUUGUACAAGUACCAACGAGUUUGUUAGCAAUGGUUGAUUCUUCAGUUGGUGGUAAAACUGCAAUUGAUACUCCAUUAGGUAAAAAUUUCAUUGGUGCUUUUCAUCAACCUGAAUAUGUAUUUUGUGAUGUUUCAUUUUUAGAAACUUUACCAACUAGACAAUUUAUAAAUGGUAUGGCAGAAGUUGUUAAAACUGCAGCUAUAUGGAAUGAAGAUGAAUUUACAAGAUUGGAAAACUUUAGUAAAAAAUUUUUGGAAGUUGUUUCCAACGAAAAUUUAGAUUUAACAAGUAUAAAAGAAGAGUUGGUUAAAACUGUAUUAGAAAGUGUUAGAGUUAAAGCACAAGUUGUUUCAUCAGAUGAAAAAGAAUCUGGAUUAAGAAAUUUAUUAAAUUUUGGUCAUACUAUAGGCCAUGCAAUUGAAGCUGUAUUAACACCAGAAGCAUUACAUGGUGAAUGUGUUUCUAUUGGUAUGAUUAAAGAAGCUGAAUUAUCAAGAUAUUUAGGUAUACUACCACCAGUUGCAGUUGCAAGAUUAUCUAAAUGUUUAGUAGCUUAUGGUUUACCAACUUCAGUAGAUGAUAAAGAAUUUUUAAAGAAAAUUGGUAUAAAGAGACAUGAUUUAAAUAUUGAUAUAUUAUUACAAAAAAUGGCAAUUGAUAAGAAAAAUGAUGGUUCAAAAAUAAGAUCAGUUUUAUUAGAAUCUAUAGGUAAAUGUUAUCAAUUAAAAGCACAUCAAAUUUCAAAACAAGAUUUAUCAUUUGUUUUAACUGAUGAAGUUUUAGUAUAUCCUUUUAAAAAUAUACCAAAAGAAAAUACAAUAAUACCACCAGGUUCAAAAUCAAUAUCAAAUAGAGCUUUGGUAUUAGCUGCAUUGGGUGAAGGAACUGUAAGAAUAAAGAAUUUAUUACAUUCAGAUGAUACAAAACAUAUGUUGGAUGCGGUUGCUUUAUUACAAGGUGCUGAAAUUUCAUUAGAAGAUAAUGGUGAAACAAUUGUUGUCAAAGGAAAUGGUGGAAAUUUGAAAGCAUGUAAUGAAGAAUUAUAUUUAGGUAAUGCGGGUACUGCAUCAAGAUUUUUAACAACAGUUGCAUCAUUAGUACAAGUUGGUUCUACAAAAGAUGUUAUUUUAACUGGUAAUUCAAGAAUGCAAGAAAGACCAAUUGGUCCAUUAGUCGAUGCUUUAAAAUCAAAUGGCUCCAAUAUUCAAUAUUUGAAUAAAUCAGGCUCAUUACCAUUAAAAAUUGAAGCUGGUAAUGGAUUAAAAGGUGGGAAAAUAGAAUUAGCAGCUACCAUUUCAUCUCAAUAUGUAUCAUCAAUUUUGAUGUGUGCUCCAUACGCAAAAGAACCAGUUACAUUAUCAUUAGUUGGAGGUAAACCAAUUUCACAAUUAUAUAUCGACAUGACAAUAUCAAUGAUGAAAUCGUUUGGUAUUAAAGUUACAAAAUCUAAAACUCAAGAACAUACAUAUCAUAUACCAAAAGGUAUUUAUAAGAAUCCAAAAGAAUAUAUAAUUGAAUCAGAUGCUUCAUCAGCUACUUAUCCAUUGGCUUUGGCUGCUAUGACAGGUACUUCAUGUACAAUUCCAAAUAUUGGUUCAAGUUCAUUACAAGGUGAUGCUAGAUUUGCAGUUGAUGUUUUAAAGCCAAUGGGUUGUAAAGUUGAACAAAGUGAAUUUUCAACUACUGUUACUGGUCCACUGUUGGGAAAUUUAAAACCAUUACCACAUGUCGAUAUGGAACCUAUGACUGAUGCAUUUUUAACUGCUUCUAUAGUUGCAGCUGUUGCUAAAGAUGGUAAAACUUCAAUAACAGGUAUUGCGAACCAAAGAGUUAAAGAAUGUAAUAGAAUUGAAGCUAUGAUCACUGAAUUGAAAAAAUUUGGUGUUGAAGCGAAUGAAUUACCUGACGGUAUUGAAAUAAAUGGUAUAGAUUAUGAAAAUUUAAAAACACCAGAAGUUUCAAAAAGAGGUAUUUGUUCAUAUGAUGAUCAUAGAGUUGCAAUGUCAUUCAGUUUAUUGGCUGGAUUAUGUAAAGAACCAGUAUUAAUAUUAGAAAGAUCAACAACUGGUAAAACAUGGCCUGGAUGGUGGGAUAUUUUACAUUCUAAAUUUGAUGUUGAAUUAGAUGGAUAUGAACCAAAAGGAGAAGCUAAAGAAAUUGCUAAAGUUAGUGAUAAAAGUAUAAUUGUAAUUGGUAUGAGAGCAGCAGGUAAAACUACAUUAUCUAAAUGGAUGGCCAACUUUUUAAACUACAAGUUUUUAGAUCUUGAUGAGUAUUUAGAAAAGAAAUUAAAGUAUGAUAUUAGACAAUUAAUUAAAGAUAAGGGUUGGGAAUCUUUUAGAGAGCAAGAGACUGAAGUUGCAAAAGAAGUUAUGGAGAAAUUUUCAAAAGGAUAUGUAUUGUCAACUGGUGGUGGUAUUGUUGAGACUGAAGAAUCAAGAAUAUUAUUAAAAAAUUAUAUCAAACAAGGUGGUAUUGUUUUACAUUUACAUCGUGAUUUAGAAGAAACAGUUACAUUCCUUAGUGCAGAUACAACUAGACCAGCAUAUUCAAAUGAAAUUAAAGAUGUUUGGUUGAAAAGAGAAAAAUGGUAUAAUGAUUGUAGUAAUUAUCAUUUUUAUUCGACACAUUGUUCAACUGAUGAAGAAUUUAUUCAUUUAAAAAAUUCAUUUUUUAGAUAUUUAAGAAUUAUAACUGGUGUAAGUAAACCACAAAUUCCAAAAUCUCGUUCAACUUUUAUAACAUUAACUUAUCCAGAUAUAAAAGAAGCAGUUGAAAUAUUAAAUGAAAUUACAAUUGGUGCAGAUGCAAUUGAAAUUAGAGUUGAUUUAUUAAAAAAUUAUAAUCCAACUUUUGUUGCUGAUCAAUUGGCAUUAUUAAGAAAAUUAAAUGAAUCUCCAAUUGUUUAUACUAUUAGAACCAAAUCUCAAGGUGGUAAUUUCCCAGAUGAAAAUUUGGAUGAAAUUAAAACAUUGUUGUCAUUGGGUAUUAAAUUAGGUGUUGAUUUUCUUGAUUUACAAUUAAGUUAUCCAAGGGAAUUGAUCGAUUUCAUAUUGAAAAAUAAAGUUAAUACUAGAAUUAUCAGCUCCCAUCAUGAUUUUACUGGUGAUUUGAAAUGGGAUAAUGUUGAAUGGCAAAAUAAAUAUAAUUUAGGAGUUUCAUUAAAUGCUGAUAUCAUAAAAUUGGUUGGUAAAGCUAAUGAAUUUAAUGAUAAUUUAUUAUUAGAAGAAUUUAGAAAGAAGAAUCAAUUAAAACCAUUGAUUGGUAUAAACAUGGGACCUUUUGGAAAAUUAUCUCGAGUUUUAAAUAAAACUUUUACACCAAUUACUCACGAUUUAAUUACAAAUAAACCUCCAGGUACUGGACAAUUAACUAUAAAAGAAAUUAAUCAAGCAUAUUAUGAAAUUGGUGGUUAUAUAGAUUUAAAAUUUUAUGUUAUAGGAUCACCAAUUGAACAUUCAAGAUCACCAAAUUUACAUAAUGCAGGAUAUAAAGCAUUAAAUUUACCAUUUAAAUUUGAUAGAUUCGAGAGUACAGAUGUUAAUGAAGUUUAUAAUUCAAUUAUAAAUAAACCAGAUUUUGGUGGAUUGGCAAUUACAAUGCCAUUAAAAUUAGAUAUAAUGAAAUAUUGUAAUGAAUUAUCAGAAUCUGCAAAGAUCAUUGGUGCUGUAAAUACAUUAAUACCAGAUAUAUCAAAGCAAGCUUAUUACCUUGGUGAUAAUACAGAUUGGGUAGGUAUUACCAAUUCAUUUAAAAAAUCUGGAAUUUCUUUACCAGUUAACAAUGUAAAUGGUUUAGUUGUUGGAGGAGGUGGAACUUCAAGAGCUGCUAUUUAUGCAUUACAUAAAAUGGGUUGUGAUAAGAUUUAUUUAAUAAAUCGUACAAUUUCAAAAUUAUCAGAAAUUCAAGAAUCAUUUCCAAAAGAGUUUAACUUAAAAAUAUUGGAUUCAAAUGAUAAAAUAGAUGCAAUUGAAAAUAUAUCAUUGAUUGUAUCUUGUAUACCAGCAGACAAACCAAUCGAUGAAGAAUUAUUAAGUAAAUUAAAAGUAUUAUUAAACAAAAAAAAUGAUUAUAAAUUCAAAUCAACAUUAUUAGAAGCUAGUUAUAAACCAAGAAUAACGCCAAUUAUGAAACUAUCAAAUGAAGAAUUUCAAUGGGAAGUUAUACCAGGUGUUGAAAUGUUGGUAAAUCAAGGAGAAGAACAAUUUAAAAUACAUACUGGUUUCAAUCCACCUUAUGAAAUUAUUCAUAAUGCUGUUGUAAAUGAAUAG